AUGGCGCAAUCUAAUUUUCUACUUGUUGCUGCAAUGGAUUUUGGAACAACCUAUUCAGGAUAUGCAUUUUCAUCUCGCGAAGACUUCAAAAAGGAUCCAUUGAAGAUUCAUGCAAAUCAGGCAUGGAAUGCUGAGGGGAGACAACUCUUGUCACUAAAGACCCCUACCUGUCUUCUUCUUGAUUCUGACAAAAAUUUCUUUGCGUUUGGAUACGAAGCAGAAAAUAUAUAUGCUGAGCUAGUGACUGAGGAUCAGCAUAGAGACUACUUCUACUUUCACAGAUUUAAAAUGAUACUAUAUCAACGAAAGAAAUUGACAAAGGAUUUGAUGAUUGAAGAUAUUUCUGGAAAAUCAAUGUUAGCUUUAGACGUCUUUUCAUUGUCAAUCAAAGCUCUAAAGGACCAUUUACUUAAAACGCUAAAUAAGCAAAUAACUGGUGUUGUCAUAGAGGAUAUUUUAUGGGUGCUGACAGUGCCAGCAAUAUGGAAUGAAAAUGGAAAACAGUUUAUGAGAACAAGUGCCAUGCAGGCGGGUAUACCUUCUGAAAAACUUCUUUUAGCCCUUGAACCGGAAGCAGCGUCAAUCUACUGUCAAUACCUGCCUACUAAGCAACUGUUUGGUGCUGAUCCUGAAUUAGUUGUUGCGGCUGUAGGAACAAAAUACAUGGUAGUUGAUAUAGGUGGUGGUACAGCUGAUAUUACAGUACAUGAAAAAAUUAAUGAUCGAAGACUUAAAGAGACUUGCUGUGCAUCCGGUGGAAAUUGUGGGGGAACUGCAGUUGAUUAUGAAUUUUUUAAUAUGAUGGAGAAAAUCAUGAAUAAGGAUACAUGGAAUGCUUUUAAGAGAGAAAAUCUCGAAGAAUACCUUGAUCUAGCACGAGAAUUUGAAACCAGAAAAAGAGCAAUUAGACCUGAUAAAACUGGACCAAUACAUAUGGUUAUUCCAUUUACAGCAUUAGAUACUAUUUGUAAAGAGCAUUUAAACCAUAGUUUAAAAUCUGCUAUUGAAUCAUCAUCGUUUUCAUCGGUAUUGUCACUUCGAAAGGAUAAAAUGCGUUUUGAAUUAGAUACUUUUAUCAAUUUGUUUAGGUCAACAAUUGAUUCUUUGAUUGCCCUUAUAUCUGACAUCCUUUCUAGGAAAAAUGGCGACGGAAUAACUCAGAUUAUUUUGGUUGGAGGUUUUUCAGAAUGUAAACUGGUUCAACAAGCAGUAAAGGAUGCCUUUCCACAACAUACAGUUAUCGUGCCAAUAGACAGUGAUUUGGCUGUUAUGAAAGGAGCAGUAUUAUUUGGUCACCAACCAAAUAUCAUAGCUCAAAGAAUUUCCCAGUAUACAUAUGGUGUUAGCAAGAAAAAACCGUUUGAUCCUGAUAAACAUGAUGUUAAUCACAUGGAGAUAAUUAAAGGUGAAGCAAAAUGUACCCAUUUAUUUGAAGCGUUUGUUAAACGAAAUGAUACUAUUCCUCCAGGAAAAGUAGUUACGACAAGUGCGAAAAGUCGGCCCAGGGAUGAUGGAUUUUUUAACUUACGGAUUUUUCAAACAGAAAAGGAAAAUCCUAUGUAUACGGACGAAGAAGGUUGUUCACUAUUGGGGUCAAUUAAAGUUCAAAAAACUAAUCCCAAAAUUACUGAAAAAAUUAAAGUACAAUUUGUUUUUGGAGAAACUGAAAUAGAAGGUAAAAUUACCGAAACAGAACAUGGUACAGCAUGUAAGUUUACAUUUGAUAUGAUAUAACAAAAUUAAUCAACACCCGUUUAAAAAGAUGCAUUCACGUAUAUGCUAAAGGACGACAAUAACAGUGGUAAACCGAGGCAAAUAGUAGUCUUUUUAUGCGUUGUAGUGUCAUAACCAAUAUUAUUUUUGUAAGCAAACCGUAACAACUAGUUAAAUCGUAUAGAUUAUCAUAACUGUUCAUAAAAGGAUUUAAGAGGUUUUAAAAAUUGAUUCCAUGUGUAUUCACAGUUAAUAUAUUGUGAUGAAUAAGUCUGAAAAUUGACUGAAAGACUGAACAUGAAUAAGUUAUUUUUGCAGACUUUUCGAAAGAUAUUCAGAUAGAACCAAACGCCAAAAUUUAUUUACUAGGGCACCAUUUAAGAAAAUUUGAACUCAAAUGAAAUCAAAGUUCUAACGAAACUAAAAAUAUAAUUAUAUAAUUUAAUUUUGGAUGUAACACGUCUUUUGAUUGGCUAAAAGUUUUUUGUCUAUCAGCUCUAGACAUAAUUUUGUCCUGUGAC